UCGAACAUGGCGGACGGACGUGAUGUUUUCGCGACGUUUAUAUGAAUAUGAUGGAAAACGUCGUAAAAUACAAAAUCUUCGUCAGAGAUGGGGAUUCUUUUGCCACUGAAAGCAAGUUGGAAACGCUAUUGGCUUAUUACCUGGCUUUUCUGAGUCCAUUCAUCGACAAUUUUAUUUGGCAGGUCGAACCUUUCUGUCUCGUGAGCAAAGCUGGAAAAGGAGAUAUUCCAGCUCACCUUUAUGGAAGGACAAAGUUUGGUGACAAUGUUGAUGAUGAAUGGUUUAUUGUAUCCCUUCUCUUUAAACUUUCAAAGGCAUUUCCUGAAAUGUGUGUAAGUAUAUCUGAUAAUGAUGGUGAAUUUCUGUUGAUUGAGGCAGCUGAUUUCCUACCAAGAUGGCUCAAUCCAGACAACAGCAAGAACAGAGUUUUUGUCCAUGAAGGCAAAGUUCACAUAAUCCCCAUUCCCUCCACUCCAGGGGAACUGACAAUGUACCCAACUGGUACCCCCCUAUUGCAUCAAGCCCUAAAGUUAGUGUUUGGGCCUUAUAACACUGAAGCAGUAGCACAGAUUCAGGAGACAAUCAAGCAAAGGAUUGAAAUACUUCCAGAGCUUUCUCAGAGCAACACUCAUUGUGCUUACUGCUAUGUGCCAGUAGAAGUCAAAUUUGUUCUUGAUCAGAAGCCAUCUUUGAUCAGUCCUGUUGUACAGGCAUUUUAUGGGCGGGAUCCUGUUGACAUGAAGGCUUGUAGAACAAUGGAUCAGUUCUCAUUGAAAACAAGACUUCUGUCAAGGAUACGUUUCACUCGUUGCCUUUAUGCACAAUUAUCCCAACAACCCUUCAAGCCAGACCGGAGAUCAGAGUGGACUCUGCCACCAGUUACUGAUCCACAUUUCAAAGCUCAUGAGUUGGGUCUAAAAUUGGCUUGUGGAUUCCAGAUCUUGUGUAAAAGAAGUGGAGAAAGACAAGUGGAUUCAAAGGUGAAAGAUGAACCAAAUGGACCAAAAUGGGUGAGAUUUCAUGCUUGUUUGAGUGAACAAGGUUAUUUCAAGGGAGAAAUGGAAGGCUCAAAAUUGUACCAGGAUCUUCUGAAGAAGGCCAAGCAGCAAUUCAGUGAGAACUUCAUGACUCAAAACAGGUCACAUCCAGGCCAGAUUAUUCUGACAAUGUUAAAGGAUGCUGUGAUAGAUGUGGAAAAGAUGAAGGCAGAAGAGUUGCUCCCGGAAGACGAUGACAGCUGGUUAAACUUGACGGAGCAAGAUUUAGAGGAAAUGCUUUCAAAGUAUAGCGAUCUAAACUCAAGAAAAACUAGAAGAGGCACCCGCACAAACACGCCCAAUCAUACCGAACCUUCAGUAGACCUGGAUUCCGUGACUCGUACUUUCAAAUCGUUUGUGGACAAAGUAUCCAGUUACGAGGGAGCAGAAUUUCCAGGGGAUCCUGAAGAAGGAGAUGUUCAGUUUGAUGCCGACUCUUUCAUGGACACAGUUGGGAAUUUGUUAGGUCAUGGGGUCCGCCAUCAAGAUGAAGAAAGUGAUUCUGAUGCGGACGAUGAUGAUAUGGACUUCUCUUCAGAAGAUGAAAAUGACACCAAUCCAGGCGUGGAAGAAAAUACCUGCCUGAGCGAGGACGACAAAGAAAUGAAAACAGUCAUGGAACAGAUGGACAGCGAACUCGCCCAAACAUCCAUUGGAGAAAGUUUUGAAAAGAAGGGCAAAUUAGCUGAAGGAACUCGUCAGACCCAAACUAACCAUCCCGGUGAACUUCAGGACGAUUCCGACGAGGAUACCCCUGUCGACGUAGACUUCAAUCUUGUUAAAAACAUCCUGGAGUCCUUCUCGACGCAACAAGGACUCGCGGGUCCAGCAUCGAAUAUCCUUAAUUCGAUGGGUGUGUGGCUUCCGCCGAAUAAAGACUUGAGCGAUCCCAGUUAACUUCACGCAAUAGGAGUGAAUCAUUCACUUUCUUUAUUUUGAUUGAUUUGUGGCCUGAAUCCGCGGAGAAAAAGAGAAAAACCACACUUUGGUGUGAGGGCAGUGCUCUACAAAUUUUCGUCGCCUAAACUGUGGCCUUCGUCCGAGAGAUACAUUUAUAUCUUUAGACCAGAGUUGAAUACACGUGGAAGUACUUUGGAACUGCGAUUUAGCUGAGGGAACAAACUUAUCGAGUUUCGACAACAAUUCACUUUGCAUCGGAUUUGACCGAUCCAAGAAAGCAAAGUGGUUCAGGAGUUGGAAGUUCUUAAGUGCUUCAAGUAAGUUAAGGUGACGCGUGGUUUUUCAAAACAAAACAAGAGAAGACAAAGUGUAACUUUACUGCAGUGAAGACAGUCAAGAGAAUAUAAUUGUUGCACCGUCGUUUAUGAAAUUAAACCAAACGAAGCAAAACAUCUGGACAUUUUUGGUUGUAACUCCUACAAAGAAAUAUGACGAGUCGUUGUAAUGUUGGCCGCAUGUAUUUUUAGCAACAAGAUGAAAGAAACUCUCUCUGUUCAAUAUGAUGACACAGUAUAUCACGGCCUAAGAAUUAUGUAAAUUACAGCCGGAGUUUUUUCGUUUGCAAUCUGCGUUAGUUUUUUGUAUCCUUUUUCCACCUUGAUUUACCAUUAACCCUUGAGAAUUUUUCUUUCUUUCCAUCUAUGUCUGAAAGUGGAGACUUUCCCAGUUUGACGGCUUAUAGAUACGUUUUGUACGGUGCAGCAAAAGGGAAUUAUCUUCACAUAGCUCAGUUAAAACUUAGCUAGUAACCAUUCCUCUGCACAAUUCUCGUUCCUGUCCAUCUGCAUCAGGAGCUUGAAGGAAAGAAUUGCUUACCUAAUAUAUAAAGUAACGCCGAAAAUCUCA